CAACUAGCCAUGUCAAGCGCGGCGGGACGGGUGUCUGGUGCGUUCUUUGAGUACUCGCGAGCGGCAUGGGAAGCAUCGAAGGAGAAGCUGCAAUUGGACAAGACACACACACCACCUGAGGCCACAGCAAAGGUGGCGUCGCAUUUUGAACGAAGUCGAGAAGCAUGGCGGAAGCAACGCGACGCUGCAACUCCCAUUCCAAAGGCCCAAACUCGCGUCUCCGCGACAAUCAGUGGUUCGCCUUUGACGGCAAUACGACAAACGGACAAACUUGCUCUUCCGGCCGUAGCGAAUCCGCAGCCAUCGUUCCAAGAGAGAGUUGAAGCGUUCUAUCGACAGUACAAUCCGACCAAGGUGGCCGAAGUUGGCAACCUCGUCGCGUCGUAUGCAGGGCGCGAGGACCUUCUCUUUGAAAAGCUCGAGGCGAAAUACUGCCCCAAGCCUCAAAUAUUGGAACCGCUAACGAACUCAAGCCACGUAAAAGUAUACUUUGACAUUGAGAUGGACAACACCGUGUCCCGAGUGGUGAUGCGACUUCUUCACGACAUCGUGCCAAUGACGGCAGAGAACUUUCGAUGCCUUUGCACCGGUGAAAAGGGCAAGCACCUCCACUUCAAAGGAUCCAAAUUCCACCGCAUCAAGACGAAUUUUAUGGUGCAAGGAGGAGACAUCACCAAGGGCGACGGCACGGGCGGAAGCAGCAUCUACCACGGCACGCCCCAUGCCAACGCGUGGGGGCACUUCAAGGACGAAUCGUUCUUGCCGCACGACCGCGUCGGCUUGUUGUCGAUGGCCAACAAAGGGCCCAACACGAACGGGUCCCAGUUUUUCAUCACGACCAAGGAAAAAUGCCUCAACUUGAACGGAAAACACGUCGUGUUUGGCGAAGUCAUUCAAGGCAUGGACGUUGUUCGGCGCAUCGAAAACCUUCCAACCGAUCCCUCCAACGACCGGCCGCUACCAGAUCACGACGCCACUAUUGUCAACUGCGGCCAGCUCAGUUAGCACCAUCGUGGAUAAAAAACCACAGUUGAAAUGCACCAAAGUCGCCCGACAUUCUAAAGCGUGCGAUGCGCUCGUUCGUGCUUUAAGCUAAUGCAACGACUUGGCAGGGAA